AAAGGUACUCUGUCUCUCCACAUAAAUUCUCUCUCUCUCUCUCUAUAUAUAUAUAUACGUGUGUGUAUAUAUAUAAAUUAUAGUAUCUAUCUCUCUCUCUGAGCUAUUGUCCAUGAAAGUUCUAGUGGUGAAAACUCCACCAUUACUAUAUAAGAAGAAGACCCUUUUUCUCUCAACCCCAAAUAACCACAAAAAUUUCCUCACUUUCUUGAGGAUUUUCACACUUGCCAAACACAACCACAACCACAACCCCAAUCCCAAUCCCAUGGCCACCUGCAUCGACAUGUCUCCAACAGGCUCAGCCCAACCAAACCCACGUUCCCGGGACCACUCCAAGGACAACAAUAGCCAGUUAAAGUUCGUGACUUUCUGCCGGAGAAGCUUUUCCUCCGACACGGUGUCCUGCGCGGCGACGGUUUGCCCGACCCGUACGGUCACCACCACGUCAGAAACUCGCAGGGUGGUCGAUUACGCUGACCCAGAUGAGGAUAAGGUCGAUCUGUGGCUGAAAAUGCAAGGUGAGGCUCGUAUGGAUAUUGAACAAGAGCCCAUCUUGACAAGUUUCUAUUUGAGCUCGAUUUUGUCUCAGAACUCGCUUGAGAGCGCUCUGGCUAGCCAUCUCUCUGUCAAGCUUAGCAAUCUCAGUCUUCCUAGCAAUACCCUUUUUGAUAUUUUCAUGGGGGUGCUCACAGAGGAUCAAGACAUCAUCAAGGCUGUUCAAGAUGAUCUUAGAGCGGUGAAAGAGAGAGACCCUGCUUGUAUAAGUUAUGUUCAUUGUUUCUUGAAUUUCAAAGGGUUUUUGGCUUGUCAAGCUCAUAGGGUGGCUCAUAAGUUAUGGUCACAGAGAAGAGAGGUGUUGGCUUUGUUGAUUCAGAACAGAGUUUCUGAGGUUUUUGCAGUUGAUAUUCAUCCUGGGGCCAAGAUUGGACGUGGGAUUUUGCUUGAUCAUGCUACUGGUGUUGUUGUUGGUGAGACUGCUGUGAUUGGUAAUAAUGUCUCAAUUUUGCAUAAUGUGACUUUGGGUGGAACUGGCAAGGCCUGUGGGGAUAGACACCCUAAGAUUGGUGAUGGGGUUCUAAUUGGAGCUGGGACUUGUAUACUUGGUAAUAUUAGAAUUGGUGAAGGUGCUAAGAUUGGUGCUGGUUCUGUUGUUCUUAAAGAUGUUCCUGCAAGGACUACUGCAGUUGGAAAUCCUGCUAGAUUGGUGGGAGGGAAGCAAAACCCAAUUAAGCUUGAUAAGAUUCCUAGCUUUACCAUGGACCACACUUCUCAUAUUUCUGAGUGGUCUGAUUAUGUUAUCUGAAGUGACUAAUUAUAUGCUAAUCUCUUUUUUUUGUUUGUUUAUAAUUAUGGAACAUGAGUUAUGAUAUAAUAGGUUGUCUUAAGAUAUGGUGGUACUUCUUGUUGGUGAUUUAAGUGAGAACUGAGGUUCUCCUAUUGGCAAACAAGAAUAGAUACAUAUUAGCUUAAGUUGUAAUGUUGAGCAGCUGUGAUUUUUUAUUCUUGGCUUGUAUGAACACCAAAAAGAGAACAGAAGUUCUCUUGUUGGUAAUUCGAGUCUUGAAGCUGACAAAAAACUUGCUUAAGCAGCUGGCUGGUACUGUUGUGUAAGGUGGUUGGUAUUUGUAUCAAUGUAAGAAAAGCUAAGACAGUUUUCUCUUA